CGGGGCGGUGUCGGGGCGGUGCCGGUGCCCGGGGCGGUGCCGGUGCCCAUGGGAGCCCCGCGGGCGGAGGAUGCCCAUGGCUUUCGAGCCGGGGCUGCUGUUGGUCGCCGGUUCUUUCGCCGCUUUCCGGCUGCUGAACCGGGCGCUGGAGCGGGUGGUACCUCCGCCGCCCUCGGCUCGGCGCAACCGCUGGAAGUGGCGCAACAUCUGGACCUCGCUGGCACACAGCGUGCUGAGCGGAGGCGGAGCCGCGGCGGGGUUCUGUCUCUACCCCGGGCUGUCCGAAGACCUGGUGGGCACACACCCACCCGGGGCACACAGCCUGGUCGCCGUGUCCGUAGGUUAUUUCCUUGAAGACUUUAUGGACAUGUUGUGCAAUCAGAAACUUCGCCAAUCCUGGGAGCUGCUCUUCCAUCACUCCGUGGUGAUCGUCUGCUUUGGCAUUGCAGUGGUGCUCCACCAGUACGUUGGGUUUGCCCUCGUGGCUUUACUGGUGGAGAUCAACUCCAUCUUCCUCCACCUGCGGCAGAUCCUGCUCAUGGCCAACCUGGUUCACACCACCUGCUACCGCCUCAACAGCAUCGUCAACCUGGGCACUUACGUGGUGUUUCGCAUUGCCACGCUGGCCUGGAUGACCCGCUGGCUCUACCUCAAUCGGGAGAACGUGCCUCCAGCAACAUACGCCGUGGGCACGGUGGGCAUGGCAAUCAUGACACCCAUGAACAUCAUCCUCUUCUACCGCCUGCUGCGUAGUGACUUCUUCAGGUCCAGCAGGGACGUGCAGCAGGAGAAGGAGAAAUAGCCCCCUUCCUUACAGGGUCCAAGGGAUGAGCAGCCUCGAGCCCAUGGAGAAGGACAGCAAAGUGCAGUGGAGAGUGAGUAUGGCAGUUUCAGUACCUUGAGGGUUCACACGAACGGAGCAUGCGGGCUUUUCUUGUGACUGCGGAUCCUGAGCCCUGCAUAGCAAAGAAGGUUCUCACAGACCAGGCACUGGGGCUGUGCUCCUCCUGUACCUUUGGAUGACGUGGUCAGAUGACCGGGAGCUGCUCACAGGAGCCCUGACAGCUCUUGCAGCUCUCUGAAGCACCGCUGAGAUGAGAAAGAAGUAGAAAAGCAUAGUUUCCCUACUGCUCUUCCGGACAUCCAAACACCACAGUGUGGUCCUAACCCCUUUGGUUUAGCAUCCCAUGGUUUAGCAUCCCAUCAGCCGGGGGACCGUGUGCUCAACCCUGCAUUCUCUGUAGCACUUCUCAAGGGAGCACCACCAGGCAACAGACGCUCCAAGGCUUCACCCUUGAGGCCAGGGCCAGUAAAAGCCAAAUCCUGCUCUCACGAGUCCUCCCCGAGGAGAUUGUCCCAGGUGGGUGAUGGAGGGAGAGGCUGAGACCUGUCUGGGUGUGAUGGUGCCCACGGUGGGGUCCAGGUCGAGGGCAGAGCGCUGGGCAGUGGGUGCUGUGGUAGGGACAGCCAACCUAUUUUUCCUGACAACUGGAGCUUUUCCUGUGUUGUUUUGUUCCCAGAUACGUUAAGUGCCAAUAAAUGAGCGUGGGAGAGCGUGAGCUGCAGGCCAGGAUGUUGUUGUGUGAUGGUCACUUCCCAGGGAGUGCGAGAGGAGUUUUCAGCCAUAGGCAUGUAGUAGGAUUUAGGCAUGGAUUAGAAGUCCUCCUGCAGAGCCCAGUGUAACGCUCUUACCCAGCAGCGAGAGCUCUUACUAACACGAGCUUUUAAUAAACACC